AUGGAUUCCCAAGGUUCUCAAGGCAAUUCUGGCCCUCCAAGGCCUAGUGGCCGUCCAAUUCACAUCGCACAUCGACGUAGCCCCUCGGAAAUGACGCCGUUGAUCAUGGAACAACUUGCUUUACAACAGCAGAUUGAAGUCCUUCAGCAGCAUCAACAACAAAUUGCCGCCCAGCACCAACAAAAUCAGCAGUUCUUGAAUAUCGGGAUGAUACCCCAACAGCAAAUGCAGCAGAUGCAGCCCCUUGGUUAUCCCCAAAUGCAGGGCCAAGGAGUCAUGCCCGUAGGUUUUCAAUUCCCCCAAAUGCAAGGCCAACAACACCUUGGUGUCCCCAAUCAGUCCUCUCAUCGCCGUAAUCAAUCGGCCCUUCCAAAUGUCGGCAUGGGGCCACCGCCCGCCCCAUCUUCCGGAGCAGCUGGUGCCCAGUAUGGUGAGAAUGGACAGGGGAGCGGUCGUGAUAACAACAAUAAUAACCAAUCUCGCAAGGGAGGUGCUCCUGCUGGAGGAAGCCACCAUCGUCGACACUCACUCGCUUUGCCUGAAGCCAAAAAGGCAGCAGAAAUGGCUCAGCAAAGGAAGGCUAAUAGCGCAUUCAAAUUCCCCAUCCCAGGGGGUGCUGGAGCUACGUCUUCCUCCCCAGUACAAGGUGACUCCAACGACGACAAGCAAGGAGAGCCCUCUAGUACCGCACCAUCGCAACCCUCCCCACUAGCAGGCCUUGGUGUCCAGCGCUCUGGAAAUAUCCGUGGUGCCCACCUACGCAGCCAGUCCAUGGCCGUAGGUAACCCUCGCCAGUACGCCGGUAGGAACACUCCCACUUUUCAGUUCCCUCAAACUGGUGAAACUUCCGGCUCGCCUGGACCUGAUGCUGGAAGGAGAACCAGCCACGCCGGCCAUGGACGCAGCGGCUCAAGAAACUUUGAUAGCAACUGGCGCCAGCAGGGUGGUCCACCAAACAACAACAGCAACCAGGACCCCAGAGCCAGCCUUGGUGGCCUUUCUCCCCAGCCACAGCAAGGCGGCAACGGCUUCCAGCCAGGCCACCGUGCCAGAGGGUCCGUUAGCUCCAUGUCGGCCUUCCAAUUCCCCAACACCCAGCAGCUUUUCCAGCUUCCUCAGGGUCAAGUGGUCUUGCCGCAGAUGUACCAGGGCCAACAACAGCAGCUACUCCAUAGCAAUGCUCUUCAAUUGGCACAACUCCAGGCCUUGCAACAGAGUGGACAGCUCGGUUCUUUGCCACAGAACCUGCAAUUAGUUGGCCAGCAGCAGGCCGCUCAGCCGCAACAACAGUCUCAAUCGCAGUCGCAGCAGAAUCGGAAAACCCUGUUCACCCCAUAUCUUGCACAAACGGUGCUUCCUCGUCUCUUUGAGGAGGGCAAACUCGUUACUGGUAUCCUUCGUGUAAACAAGAAAAACCGUUCAGAUGCAUACGUUACCUGUGCCGAACUGGACGCUGAUAUCUUCAUCUGCGGCAGCAAGGACAGAAACCGAGCCCUGGAGGGUGAUCUUGUUGCUGUUGAGCUCCUCGAUGUCGAUGAAGUCUGGAACCAGAAGCGCGAAAAGGAAGAAAAGAAGAAACGCAAAGAUAUUGAUACCAGAAGUGGAAGCUCUGCUGGUCUUGACCGAGGUGGUCGCUCCGACUCCAAUGCUACUGCUGACAUGCAGCAGAUUGGCCCUGACGGCAGCAUUCGCCGCAGAGGCAGUCUUCGCCAGCGCCCAACCCAAAAGAAGAACGACGAUGUCGAAGUCGAAGGUCAGAGCUUACUUCUUGUUGAAGAAGACGAAAUCAGCGAUGAGCACAAGCCCUUAUAUGCAGGCCACAUCAUUGCUGUCGUUGACCGUGCCGCCCACCAAAUCUUCGCUGGCUCCUUGGGCCUGCUUCGACCCAGCAGCCAGGCCACCAAGGAAAAGCAGGAAGCCGAAAGACAGGCUAGAGAUGGUUAUUCCGGACGUCCUCAGCAUGAUCGCCACCAAGAGCGACCAAAGAUCGUUUGGUUCAAGCCUACCGACAAGCGUGUUCCCUUGAUUGCUAUUCCAACUGAGCAGGCACCCCGCGACUUUGUUGACCGUCACGCAGACUACGCAAACACCAUCUUUGUUGCUACUGUCAAGCGAUGGCCCAUCACCUCUCUCCAUCCAUUCGGAACUCUUUGCGAGCAGCUUGGUCCAAUGGGUAACCUCAAGGUUGAGAUUGAUGCCUUGCUCAGAGACAACAACUUUGCUGCCGAUGAUUUCCCGGCUUCUGUUCUUGACAAGAUUGGCUUCGAAGAUUGGUCGAUUGGACAGGAGAAUCCUCAGUCCCUUGCUUCCCGCACCGAUUUCCGUGAAUACAAUGUUUUCACUAUUGAUCCCAACGAGGGCAAGGCAAUGGACAAUGCCUUCCAUGUUAGACGACUUGAUGACAACACGGUAGAGAUUGGUAUCCACGUUGCUGACGUUGCUCGUUUUGUUGAUCCUAGCGGUGCUGUUGAACGCGAGGCCAAGAAGCGCGUGUCCAGCGCCUUUUUGAUGAAUCGCAUUGUGAACAUGCUCCCACCGCAAUUGGCCCACAAUGUCAUGGCCCUCUUGCCCGGAAAGGAUAGCCUCGCUGUUAGUGUCGUGCUUCAAGUUAGUCUCGAGUCCGGUGCCAUUGUCGAUCAGCCUUGGAUUGGAAAGAGUAUUGUCAAUAGCAAGGGAAAACUCUGCUAUGCCGAACUUGAUAAAAUUAUCAAGGGAACUGGACAAGCUGAAGUCAAUGGUAUCUCCGUGAACGAUGUCAAACUGUUGACUGACGUCUCUAGCAAACUUCGUGAGGCUCGUCUUGGACACCGUGCAGGGAAAUUGCGCCCUCUUCGCCUCUUGUACCAGCUUGAUGACGAGAAUGUCCCUGUUCAACAGAACAUAUUCAAUGCUUCUCCAGGUCGCGAAGCUAUUGACGAACUCACCUACAUGGCUAACCAUUAUGUUGCGAAGAAGAUCUUUGCUGCCUUCCCUGAGAAUGCCCUUCUCCGCCGACAGGCUUUACCCAACUUUAGACGCCUGGCUACUUUCGUUGAGCGCAUGUCCAGACUCGGAUACCAAAUUGAUCCUACUAGCAGCGGCACGCUGCAGAACAGCCUUUUCAAGGUGGAAAAUGAUGAUGUUCGAAAGAGCAUGGAGACGCUCUUGAUCAAGACGUUGAACCGUGGAAAAUAUUAUACUCCCCCAACCGUCCGGGAUGACCACCGCUCUCACUACAUGCUUAACUUGCCAAUCUACACUCACUUCACCAACCCAUCCCGUCGUUACGCGGACAUUGUUGUCCACAGACAGCUAGAAGCAGCAUUAGCAGGAGCAACGGAGUGGCCAGAUGAAUUGGAUUACAAGGCACUUAACUACCUCAACAGCAGGAAAGACUCUGCUCAAAAUGCUCAAGAACAGAGUGUGCAUUUUGAGGCGUGCCACGCCAUGGACAAGAAGAGAAAGGAAAUUGAAGGCGAUCUCAUUGCUGAGGGAAUUGUCCUCUGCGUUUAUGAAUCCGCCUUCGACGUUUUGAUUCCAGAGUACGGCUGUGAGAAGCGUGUUCACUGCGACCAACUUCCUCUUAAGAAGGCAGAGUUCCGCAAGGAUGACCGUGUUCUAGAAUUGUAUUGGGAGAAGGGUGUCCCAUCCUCUACGUACAUCCCCGAGGAUGAGCGUCCCAAGUCAACUCUUAGCGGACGCGCCGCUAGCCAGGCUGCUGCUGCCCGUGAAGCAGAGGAAGCCCGAAAGAGAGAGCAGGAGAGGGAAGAAGCCCAGCGAAUCAGCACCGAGACCAAUACCGUCUCUCCAAAUGAUGUUGAUGCCUUGUUUGACGACGAUGAUGAUGCCCUCACUGACUCUUUUGCUGGAGUUUCUCUUAAUUCGCCUGACCGCUCCACGCAGAGCAUGCCACCAUCCCCACGGAACGGGCCCGCACACCCACCCCACCGUACUCACUCCGACCCCAGGAUUGCAACCACUGCGGGCGAAACCACGAACGAGGAUGGCGAGGAUGGUGACGACGGCGAGGACGGUGAGAUUGUUGAGUUGAGCCCCAAGGAGAAAUACGGCCAUCUCUUCCAAUUGCGCGAAGAGGAUGGAGAGUAUAUCCAGGACGUCAGGGAAUUGACCCGCGUUCCAAUCAUUCUCAAGAUUGAUCUCAGCAAGAGCCCACCUUGCUUGACUAUUCGAUCUAUGAACCCUUACGCUCUGUAA